UACUCUCUCUGGUUGAUUCAGGCCGACACUCAGUGUGAUCACUGAGAGCCUGGUUUAUUGUACAUUUAAUUAGAACAGUGUGCAUGUGUUGCAGGCGGAUGGUCAGUCAGUCAGCCAUGCCAAGCCAUCGAGCGGUGGAGAGCAAGUGUGGAUGCUGGAAUCCAGGUUUCUGGCUCCUGGUUUUACAGCUUGAAAGCUUGGUCGUUGUGGCCUUCAGUUCGGUCCUGCAAGUAGGAGCAGUGAAAAUGAACAAAAGGGAUUUAAGCGACCGUGGCGUGCCAAACCCCAUGACGCCCUCACAAUACCAAGGCAAGAAUGGCUUAUCCAGCACACGUAUUCAUAUUGUCUUCAUUUCUGUCACAGUCCGACUGGUGAAUGGACAGAACCGGUGUGAGGGCAGAUUGGAGGUGGAGUACAACGGCCAGUGGGGCACGGUGUGUGACGACGACUGGGACAAAGUGGACGCCGAUGUAGUGUGUCGGCAACUGAACUGUGGAGUGGCCCGAAAACCCAUGUCUGGGUUUGGACAAGGCUCCGGGCAAAUCCUGCUGGACAAUGUUGAUUGCCUAGGAUUUGAAAGAGGCCUUGGUGAAUGUUACAGUCCUGGCUGGGGCGUCCACAACUGUUACCACAACGAAGACGUGGGUCUGGUUUGUACAGGACAAUAUACUCCGGAAAAUUACAUAUUAACACCACCACCCAAUCCAGGGUAUAGUUAUCGAGAAGGUACCAUCCGUCUGGAGAAUGGACAGAACGCAUGCCAGGGUCGAGUGGAGGUCUUCUACCAGGGCAACUGGGGAACAGUGUGUGACGAUGAGUGGGACAUCAGAGAUGCCAGGGUGGUGUGCACGCAGCUGAACUGUGGUGAGGCUGUGAGGGCAUACAGCAACUCCUUCUUCAACUAUGGUACCGGCCGUAUACUGAUGGACAACGUCCGCUGCAAUGGAAAUGAGCUACACAUUACUCAGUGCCCACACAAUGGCUGGGAAAGACACAACUGUGGCCACCAUGAGGAUGCUGGCGUCGUGUGCACAGGUUCUUCCACCACAGGCUCUCCUCCCCUAACAGAACAAGAGAGAUCAUUGAAUUCGACGAAAAACCAAACAGCAGUUACAACCGGAAGUGUUCCAGUCAGCAGGGUGCCAAAUACAACAACAGAAACCAGCACCACCACCACCACCACCACCACUACUACUACUAUUACUACUGCUACUACCACGGGAACUACCACCACCGUACCCACCCAGAAUCCCGCAAUCCAUCCUAUUCGUCUGGAGGGUGGAUCACAUCACUGUGAAGGUCGUCUGGAGAUCCUAAACAAAAAUGCUUGGGGGACAGUGUGUGAUGAUGACUGGAGUAGAACAAACGCUCUCGUGGUUUGUAGGCAGCUUGGAUGUGGCCCAGUGAAUGCAACCAGAUGGAACCAUAAAUUUUCUUAUGGUAGAGAUCAAAUCCUGCUGGACAAUGUGAACUGCAUUGGCUCCGAACUGGGACUCAAUUUAUGCUUCCACCUGGGUUUCGGUGUGCACAACUGUGGUCAUCAGGAGGAUGUUGGAGUUGUCUGUACAAUGCCUGUCCCUGUUGGACGUAGCUUUGACGUAACAGAUUCUACUUCAGUUCCCCAAACCACAACAAAUCCCCCUGAAGGUAUAGGGCGAUCCCUGAGACUGGCAGGUGGCCGGUAUCCUUGUGAGGGCCGUGUGGAGAUUUACUUACACUCUUCGUGGGGAACUGUGUGUGAUGAUGCCUGGGAUCUCCCCGAUGCUCAGGUGGUGUGUCGCCAGCUGGGCUGUGGGGAGGCCUCAGCGGCCCAGGUAGAAGCUUUUUUUGGGGCUGGGAGGGGAAUAAUUCAGUUGGACAAUCUGAAGUGCGAUGGCACAGAAGCCUUUUUGCUGGACUGCUCUCACAUCUCCUGGAAUGUCCACAACUGCAACCACGCCGAAGAUGCUGGAGUCACCUGCUCACUGUCGUGAUCUCGGCUGAACCACACUCCCUUCUCUGACACGAGUAGAAAGUUGUGGAAACAACCUGUAAGACAUGUAUGCAUAAUGUAAAUAACAGCUUUUCAUCUGGUACUCUAUUACCACCCAGCCAUUGAUUACACAUUCUAUAUGCCUAUUAAGCACUUUAAUAAAUAAAUAAAUAAUAGGAAACACAGUGGUCUGUGUCGUAUUAGUUGAUAAAGUAGGGGGAACAAGCUUUUCUAGUUUUCAGAUUUUUUUUUUCCUCCCGUGCAAAUUUUUUGGUUUUUGUUUUGAAAAUAUUUGUAUAUACAUGUAGUUUAGACCAAAACUUGAUAAUAUGAUAAAAAAUAAAGGUUUAAAUGAGGGAAAGAUGCAACAGAAACAUUAGCAAAUAAGUGCAAAUAAGUGACACUCUAAAUUGUGAAUAUUUAACAUAAAUUGCCACAUAAAUAGGGUUAACUGUGUACUGCAGACCAUUAUCUAAGUAAAUUGUAUUGUAUCUAAUCUUGUCUUAUAUGUGAAAAAAAAUACUGUUAAUUUUUGGUAUAAAAUAUAUUUUUGGUG